AUGGGAUCCAGCAAGCUGAUUAAGUAUCCGUUACGAGAUCGGCUCAGUGCCACCUGGAUCGCUCAAGUCGGACACGUGGAGAUUCUGAAUCAUUCAAAAUCGGCCCAGUAA